UUGCCGAAUUGAAUUGUUUGAGCCACGCGCCGGCUUUCUUGAACUAUUUUGUCAUUUAUGCGGCUGUACAAUGCUACCCAACGACGCCAACGCCAAGAAGGAUCGCUAUGCCAAACUGUCCUUCCUCGGUGAGGGUCAGUUUGCCAUCGUCUACAAGGCUCGCGACACGGUGACCAGCCAGAUUGUGGCCGUCAAGAAGAUCAAGAAGGGAUCUCGCGAGGAUGCCCGGGACGGCAUAAACCGAACGGCACUGCGCGAAAUCAAAAUCCUGCAAGAGCUGCAGCACGAGAACAUUAUCGGCCUGGUGGACGUCUUUGGCCAAAUGUCGAAUGUCUCGCUGGUGUUUGACUUUAUGGACACCGACCUGGAGGUAAUUAUCAAGGACACUAAAAUCAUACUGACGCAGGGCAACAUCAAGGCGUAUGCCAUAAUGACGCUGCGCGGCCUGGAGUAUCUGCAUAAGAACUGGAUCCUGCAUCGGGAUCUCAAGCCCAACAACUUGCUGGUGAACAGUGACGGUGUGCUGAAGAUUGGUGAUUUCGGUUUGGCCAAAACAUUUGGCUCACCGAAUCGCAUCUACACGCAUCACGUGGUCACGCGUUGGUAUCGCUCUCCUGAGCUUCUGUUUGGCGCCCGGCAAUACGGCACCGGUGUGGAUAUGUGGGCCGUGGGCUGUAUCUUGGCCGAGCUUAUGCUGCGCGUACCCUUUAUGCCGGGUGAUUCGGAUUUGGAUCAAUUGUCGCGCAUCUUUGCCACGCUUGGUUCACCACCGGAUUCGGAGUGGCCGCAUGUGGCCCAGCUGCAUGAUUAUCUGGUAUUUCGGAAUUUUCCGGGUACACCGCUGGAGAAUAUCUUCACCGCAGCCGGUAAUGAUUUAAUCUAUUUGAUGCGUCGCCUGUUUGCCAUGAAUCCACUGAAGCGUGUCUCCUGCCGGGAGGCCCUCAAUUUGCCCUAUUUCCAUAAUAAACCAGCACCCACAGUGGGUCCCAAGCUGCCCAUGCCUUUGGCCAUUCUGGCUGCCAAGGAGACGGCAGCGGCAACCGAAGAGAAGCCACCGCUUAAGCGUAAGCUGGUGGAGACCACGGUCCGGGGCAAUGGCCUGGCCCAGAAAAAGCGUUUGCAGUUCUAAGUUAUAGUCAUUGGAUUGGGUCUUCUAAUGCAAAUGUUUUCCGCAGGAAUUAAGAGAUUACCUCAAAUAAUAUCAGCUCCGUACUCAAUAAUUUGUAAUCGCUUUAAUAAGGUAUUUUUAAGCGAUUACAAAUUAUUAUUAAUAAUCCGAUUUUGAGUGCAAGUACAGCGAUUGAUAUGCAUUAUUUCUUAACUUGUUUUGUUACAAAAGAAGAUCAAGAGAGAAAGAGAGAGAAAGAGAGAAAGGGAGGAAAAAAUAGGCUAAGUUUAGACUUAAGAAUUGUGGAAUGGUUUAUUAAAGAUGCGAACCAAAAUGGUAAACAUUUAAAAA